CCUUAAUAUAGAGCCUAGAAAAGUAGUUGUUGUGUAGCUUUCAGCAGUACUUGAGUUUUGUCCAUUAGGACAAUAUGGUUAUCCUUUGUAUAGAAUUUUAAUUGCGAAGAAGGAAAAGAAAAAAGGAUCUUCGCAUUCAUACAGAAAUUAUGUUAACAUGGAAGGCACAACCCGAUUAAAAGUGACAUUAUAUAAAGAAGAAGACAACUGAGCCUAUUAGGCGCUUACUCAACCAACAGUCCACAAGAAAGUGGGUUGAAAUUUGACAAUGCUAAUAGGCGCUUACUCAGCCAAGUCAUCUCUCUCAUCAAUACUGCUGCUUGCUUGUGCCGGCCACGCAGCUCCUUCUCACAGCGAGUAAACCUUCAUUGAAGAAGAGAGGACAGGUCACCGGAGAAGAAAGAUGACGGGGGGUUAUUAUUUCCACAGAGAUGUGCUGCCGUUUCUGGCCAUGGUUAGCUUGAACAUCAUCAACGUUGGGAUCAACACGCUCUUCAAAGCUGCAACAAUGGAGGGGAUGAGCAACCAUGUCUUCGUCGCCUAUGACUAUGCCAUCGCUUCUCUUGUCCUUCUUCCUGCUCCUUUCCUCUCCAAAAGGCCAAGUGGUCUUCCUCCUUUGAGCUCCUCAGUUAUGUGCAAAAUUGGUCUCCUCGGGCUCAUAGGGAGUUCAUCUCAGAUCAUGGUGUACACUGGAAUCAACUACAGCUCUCCAACUCUUGCGUCCGCCAUAGGCAACCUCACUCCAGCUUUUACUUUCCUGUUUGCCGUCAUUUGCAGGAUGGAAAGAGUUGUGAUCAGAAGUUCAUCCAGCCAGGCCAAAAUCCUAGGCACUAUAGUGGCAAUAGCAGGUGCAUUUGUGGUGACCCUCUAUAAGGGUCCCCCGAUUUUCCAGUCAGAAUCUCCACCACCAGUUCAACUGAAUUAUCAACCAUCCCUUCUUCAGUCACCACCAACAACAACAACACGAGAGCACUGGGUACUCGGUGGGAUGUGUCUCGCCAUGAAGUAUAUCCUUGACCCUUUGUGGUACAUUGUAGUGACACAGAUAAUGAAGGAGUACCCUGCAGAAUUCACAGUGAUCUUCUUCUACAACGUGAUUGUCUGCAUCAUAACAUCAAUUUUUGCUCUGAUCACUGAAGGAACAUCAUCAAGUGCCUGGAUAUUCAGCAGUAGCACAGCAAUAGCAUCGGUUUUCUGCUCGGGAGUGCUUGGAUCGUGCUUGAGCAAUGGUGUGGACGCAUGGGUGUUGCGGCUCAAGGGGCCAGUAUUUGUGUCCUCGUUCAAACCUUUCGCGAUGAUUGUAGCUGUUGCCAUGGGAGUAACGCUUCUUGGUGACAUUCUGCAUCUAGGGAGCCUGAUUGGAGCAAUAACCAUUGCAAUUGGGUUCUACAUGCUGAUGUGGGGAAAGGCCAAAGAGGAAGAUGAUGACACCAUCCCACAACAGAACAGUCACCAUGUUAGUAGUACCCUCGAACCUCACUCCAACGAGAAGGUACCUUUACUGCAAAAGCUGAACCAGUAGGGAAUCACCAAUCAAGGUGGUGUAGUUGAACACAGCAGCAGAAGCUGCUGAUUUGGUCCGGACCCAAGAGUAAGUGCAGGAUGGUAUUUAUUUGCCUAGUAUGAUCUGUAAAUCUAGAGGUUGGGUACUUGUUCAAUGACAGGCAAUUUGUAAAGAAGAAAGGCAAUAAUUGAAAUUUGGAAGGCCAUCAAGUGGAACUCUUAGCUCUGUUCCAGAAGGGUGGGGGAGAGAAAGAACUGACCUCGCUGGUGUAAGUGCGAAAGCAGUUGCCGUUGCCGUUGCCGUUGCCGGAGAGGAAUAGUUCGUUUCGAACUGGAAGAAAGAAGGAAUGCUAGAGGCAGAACUAGAGCCUUGCCGGCUGCUGAAUGGGCCGGGUAGUGCAAAUCGUGGUUUGCAUUUUUGGGCUUUGAUAUGUUCCCUUUUGGACAUAGUUAUAUGGCCUGCUAGUUAGGCAUGAUCACCUAUGGGCUAUGGUCCAUUAUCAUUAACUUUUCAUUGGGUUAUGUAGUUACCACUAUGUACCAUACCACUUGAUAUAUGUGACAACUGAAAAGAUUAGUUACAUAAUGCGCGUAGCUUCCCUGUUAUGUUAAUCAUAAACCCAUUAAUUAGGGAUGUAGAAAGGACCGGUAAUUUGGGUAUUGCACAAAUCUAAUUUAUUAUGAGUCAAAUUAGGUUUGGGUAAUAUAAUAUUUUUUGAUGCAUACCCAUUUUUUUAGUUUGAUCUAAAUUAAACCCAUUACAUUAUAUACUCAAAAGAAAAUGGAUAACCAACUCUAAUGUGAUUUGUCUUUUUCUUUGUUCUAAAACAAACAUAAAUAUGAAGUUGCCACCAGUGAAGUUAUGAAUUGGUUGAAUGCGAAUAGUGGGAAUGUAGAUAUUGUUUUUUCGUGUGCAUUAUAUAGAUCCAAAUAGAUAGUCCGUUGAUUCCGACCUAAAUGGGUUGAUCCAAAUUGAAGAAAAUUAAUACCCAAUCCGUACCCAAAAUUAUUUAGUGUGCAUAUGAGUGCAUUUGUUCAACACAAUACCCAUAUGAGUCUUAUGAUAAUUUUGUCCAAUUACCCAUGAAUCAUCUCACCAUUGAAUAGGCGGCAGCACCAACAAAAAAGAAAAGGAAAAUAAUAUGCAUUAUAUAAAACUUACAAAUGCCAAGUAGGCGUCAUCCUACAUGAAAACAUACGAGUGAGUCACGAAUUUCAACCAUCAUCCCAUAUUUCAACUUGUGUUAUUCUUACAACUAAAUUAUCUGAAAUUUCAAGAGUCAACAAAUUAAAUUCAUCCUACUAAAAUGAUGAUUUGCUUUAACCAUAAUUUGUCCAAUCUAAUAAGUUCAUAUAGGUGAGGAAUCAUCAUGGCCAAGAUUGAUGCUCGUUUACUAAAUACACCUAAUAUAAUAACUCAACGAAUUAUGAUGCAGUGACAUCUGAGAAAAGACCACCAUUAAUUAUCCAGUCCGCCACUCAACAACACAAUAAUACAAGAGAAUGGAAAUCCUGGCAAGUCAAAGCCAUCCAUCCAUUAUUAACACCUCUGCGUGCAUUGUGACUAAACACUCCCAGCAGCCUUUCAGUGAAGAAGAGGACACAAGAUGACAGGAGAAGGUUAACAGAAAGGGAAAGAAGAUGACGUGGGGAUACUAUUUCCAUAGAUUGUUCCACAACAAUUUUGCUGUUGAUGGCCAUGGUCAGCUUAAACAUCAUCAACGUUUACGCUCUUCAAAGCUGCAACCAAGGAGGGUAUGAGCAUUUCUGUUAUAGCUUGGUAUGUUGGAGCAGGUCUCCCUUUGAUCAUAAAUGGCUUGAUUUGUUGGGCCCUGUCUCAUGUUAAUAAUGUUAGUGUUGUGGU